CGCGGGCAGAACGCCGGAAGCUGCGAAUCGUUCAGUCGCGAGCGAAGGGGCGGGUUUGAGGGCUGAGGGAGCUACUUGUCUUUGCUCGCUCGGCGGUGCAAGAUGGCGGAUAUAUCUUUGGACGAACUCAUCCGGAAGCGUGGGGCGGCGGCGAAGGGGCGGCUCAAUGUCAGACCAGGGACUGGAGAUAUCCGGUCUCGUGUUGGGAUCCAGCAGAACCUUCUCAGCCAGCCAGUGCGCACAGCCACCUUCCAGCAGAGGUUUGAUGCCCGUCAAAAGAUCGGCCUCUCAGAUGCCAGACUCAAGCUGGGAGUCAAGGAUGCCCGGGAGAAGCUUUUGCAGAAAGAUGCCCGGUUUCGGAUCAAAGGGAAAGUGCAGGAUGCCCGAGAGAUGUUAAACUCCCGCAAGCAGCAAAGUGUGGUGCCCCAGAAGCCACGCCAGGUAGCUGAUGCCCGGGAGAAGAUCAGCUUGAAGCGGAAUUCCCCUGCCGCCUUCAUGAGCCCACCCGUCGGGACAGUGACUCCUGCUCUGAAGCUCACCAAAACCAUCCAGGUUCCACAGCCGAAGGCGGCAGUACCCCUUCAUGCCCAUCCUGCUGGAAUGAGGAUCAACGUUGUCAAUAACCACCAGGCCAAGCAGAAUUUAUACGACCUGGAUGAAGACGAUGACGUCAUAACUCCCAUCCCUAGCAAACAGAUGAAAUUCACCACCUCGGGCAGCUUUCUCCACCAUGUGGCUGGGCUGAGCAGUUCCAAGCUGUCCAUGUCCAAGGCCCUCCCCCUCACCAAAGUGGUUCAGAAUGAUGCCUACACAGCUCCUGCUCUCCCCUCCUCCAUUCGAACAAAAGCCUUGACCAACAUGUCCCGGACACUGGUGAACAAGGAGGAAUCUCCCAAAGAGCUGCCACCUGCUGAGCCUGUCCUCAGCCCCCUGGAAGGCACCAAGAUGACUGUGAAUAAUCUGCACCCUCGAGUCACUGAAGAGGACAUCGUUGAGCUUUUCUGUGUGUGUGGAGCGCUCAAGCGGGCUCGGCUGGUCCAUCCUGGGGUAGCAGAGGUGGUCUUUGUGAAGAAAGAUGAUGCCAUCACUGCAUAUAAGAAGUACAACAACCGGUGUCUGGAUGGGCAACCGAUGAAGUGCAACCUUCACAUGAAUGGGAAUGUCAUCACCUCAGACCAGCCCAUCCUGCUGCGGCUGAGUGACAGCCCCUCAGUGAAAAAGGAGAGCGAGCUGCCUCGCAGGGUGAAUUCCAUCUCCUCAUCCAACCCUCCUGCUGAAGUGGACCCCGACACCAUCCUGAAGGCACUCUUCAAGUCCUCAGGGGCCUCUGUGACCACACAGCCCACAGAAUUCAAAAUUAAACUUUGAGUGGGGAAGCAAGGCAGCCAGAGCCUUCUGGGGACAGAGGAGGGUGGCUCUGUUUCCCAAAGCCAAGCUUGUGACCAAUGGGCCAUCGGACUGGAGGCCCCGAGAGUGGGAAGGGUCGCCGGGGUAGAGAUCUUCCUCACUGGACGGGACCCAUCUUUCUGUGUUGUGUUCUACCCUGUGCUCUUCUGUUUGUUAACAUUUCCUGUAGUGUGUUUUUUUUACUCUCCACCUCAUCAUCAAGAUAGGCUUGUGUUUCUCAGAGUGUCCUUCCUCCCCCUAAUCUCAGCCCCAGACGGAAUUCUUAUUGGGAAAUGUAGCACUCAAUUCUCUGCGUUAUCCUCUUGUGGCCCUAUGGGAUGCAGGGCUGGGGCUGUUUGAAGGAGACUGCUUUUUCCAGGAGGUGAGGGGGGUGCCAACCCCUGCUAUCUUAAUGGGAGCCAGAUCAUCUUGAAAGUGAGCCUGGGUGGGGAUGGGGUCACAGGCCCCAGUGCUCUCACUGCAAUUGGCCCUAGACUUAGUUGGUGUCCUGGAGAGGGCCAUGUGGCAAGGGCAGGUAGGUUGCUGCUCUGCUACGAAGGUGCACCCCAGCUCUUGGCUUGGAGGACUGUUGCUAUUUCUGACAACCCAAAGUAAAUUUUCAAAGUUCACGUUUCCCUUUUUCCUUGAGUUUUAGCGAAUGCCCUGCCCUGGCUCUCUUAGGCUGGGUGUCACUGCUGGGGGGAUGGGGCUUGUGUUGGCUGUCCCAGUUUGCCAUGGCAUUCAUCAUACCCUGGGUUUGGUUCAAAUGCCAUCUGGGUCAACUCCCCACUUGUUGGACUUUUCAAAUGCUUCCCGUUCUAUGGCAUUGUGGGUCUGCGGGAUUAUUUGAAUGGGAAAUGUUGGGAGCAGCUUGACCCUGUCUCUUGCUUUCUGGCUUCAGAUGGCUUUAGGACACUAGGAAUGCUGAGAGGGACAUAUCCAGCUGCCACCAAGGGAUACUGUCCCGACCGCUGUGAGUGGCCCAUCCAUCAGUGACCACAGGGAUAUUUUCCUCUGGUGAUUAAGGGAGCAGAGCAGCUGUUCCAGGCAAGCCAGUGGGUAGUUUUCCAUCAUGGUCCCCAGCAGCUGGGGCUCCCCUGAAUACCAGUCUCCUGUUGAUUUGUUGGGACUGAAGCAAGCCCAGGCUGUCAGCCAGAGUGAGCUGGGGAGCAGGCUCCUGGGAGCUCUCCAAAAGCAGUAGCAAGUGAUAUGAGAUAGGGCUAGAGCUCCAGGACCUAGAACACUGAGAGCCUCUCAGCACCUGCAGGGGGAUAGCCCGGUGAAAAACACCUAGAAAUUCUUGUUACACAGCUGAAUCUGUCAAGCAGGAGGAACUCAGGGUUUGAACACACCUUCAGGCCUCCAACUCUGAGGCUGGCUAGGCCUAGGAUAUCCAGGGAAGGUGCCCACUUGCAGGCUCUUUCAAGGCUUCUGCUUUUCUUUCUUUUUUCCACUUUGGGUACCAACUUAGUUCUCUUCAGCAUCUGGAAGACAUUCCUCCCACACUGUACCAAGAGAGCACCCAGGAGGCAGUAGGAUUUGGUUUCUCAGGUGCUAGAAACUGAUCUUGGUUCGGACUCUGCCUAGAGUAGGGAUGGUGAACACACUGCCUGCAUGGCUCUACCUUCCCCUCCUGUUCCCAUGCCAGAUGUGCUUUGUUUACCGAAGCUCCACUGAGCCCAGCUACAGCAUCCUGGCCAUCUGGACCCCAUGCUCUGCACAGCCAUAUGGGAGGUUGGGGAGUGGCAACUGUUUGCUUCCCCUGCUCUACAGGAUGUCAUUUUGGGAAAAGGGAAGGGAAGGUGGUGGGAUCUAUCCUUGUCUCCCUCUCCACCUCCCACUCCUAUUAUAUUACCCAUCUCUGUUUUUGUUCAAAAGGAGAGGAAGAGGCAUCAAGUAACGGAGAAGACUGUAUUACUUAACCAUUUCUGAAUAAACGUUUGUUAUUCCUA